AUGUUCACGUCUCACUCUCGUCAGCAUGCCCAUGUCGAGAAGAUGAGGGCAGGCGGCCACAUCGGAAAGUUGGUGAAGCAUCCUGGUUUCGAUUUAUUCUUUGCAGCCGUCGUGAUCACCAACGCCAUCUUCAUAGGCAUCGAUGUCCAGCGAACGACCGAGGCCGCAACCGGCGACAGGCCAGCGGGCUACAUGGUUGUCGGGUACAUCUACACACUGCUUUACAUAGCUGAGCUUGUGUUGCGGCUCUCUGCUCACGGCUUGCGACUCUUCUGCUCGGACGAUUGGAUGUGGGUGUUGUUGGAUUGCUUCAUUGUCGCGACGUCGGUAUGGGAUGUCCUGGUGGACAUUCUCACGGCCCUUCUGGACGAGAACGGCUUCGAGAGUGUCUCGGGGCUUUCCACUCUAAAGGCUUUCCGAGUUGUUCGUGUGACCAGGGUUUUGAAGAUCGCUCAGCUCUUGCGGAUCUUCCGCUUCGUCAUGGCUCUGCGAACUCUGGUCCAGUCCAUCUUUCACACGCUGAAAGCCUUGGUCUGGGCCUUGCUUCUACUGCUUCUGAUCGUGUAUGUGUUCGCUGUCAUCUUCACCCAGGCUAUCAGCGACUACCGGGUGGAUCAGAGCGCAGCCGGCGAGGUCCUGCCCGACAUCGUUGGCAACGACGGGAUGCUCUACUUCGGAAGCCUUAUCGACAGCAUGCUCAGUCUUUUUAUGAGCAUCGCUGGAGGUAUCCCA